GGGGAAGCCACUUUUGUGUCCUGAUCCCAACUGUAAAGGCGGCCCCACUCCCCUGCUACGGUGCUUCCUCUCCCUUCUUCUUCCUUAUUCAAUUCUCUUUCCGCCAAAAUACCAUCCCUGAUUUUCAUUUCCUCCAUUCCCAGGGCAAGAAAACAGUUUCCAUUUUUUCAGUAUCUCAAAGAGGGAGAGAGGGAGGAAGCGAACGACCGUCUCAGAUACCUAUUGCUCCAUCCAACCCGAUCUUCCUCAUUCAAAGUUAUCUCUUUCUUCUCUCUUCUUUCAGUGAGAGAGAGAGUGAGAGAGAUGGCGAUUCUGUACGCGCUGGUGGCGAGGGGAUCGGUUGUGCUGGCGGAGUUCUCGGCGACGUCGACGAACGCCAGCGCGAUCGCGCGGCAGAUCCUGGAGAAGAUUCCCGGCACCAACGAUAGCCAUGUCUCCUACUCGCAGGACAGAUACAUCUUCCACGUGAAGCGCACGGACGGCCUCACCGUUCUCUGCAUGGCCGACGAUACCGCCGGAAGGAGAAUUCCUUUUACAUUUCUUGAAGAUAUUCAUCAGAGAUUUGUUAGGACUUAUGGUCGCGCUGUUCACUCUGCACAUGCAUAUGCCAUGAAUGAUGAAUUUUCCAGGGUUUUGGGCCAGCAAAUGGAAUAUUACUCAAGUGAUCCAAAUGCAGAUAGGAUGAAUAGAUUAAAAGGCGAAAUGAGUCAGGUUCGCAAUGUCAUGAUAGAGAAUAUUGAUAAAGUUCUAGAGCGAGGUGAUCGCUUGGAGUUGCUGGUUGAUAAAACUGCAAACAUGCAAGGAAACACGUUUCGCUUCAGAAAGCAGGCUCGCCGUUUUAGAAAUACUGUGUGGUGGAGAAAUGUCAAGCUUACUGUUGCGCUGAUUAUUCUCCUCCUGGUGGUCAUUUAUGUUGUGCUGGCAUUUGUUUGCCAUGGGCUGACGCUGCCUUCGUGUCGGAAGUGAGAGUUGUUGGCAUCUGAGAUUUGGUUUGCUUUUGUUAUUUGCCUACUUCAAUUUUCUCUACUUACAGAUCAUGAUAAAUGUAAUUUGAGAUACUUGUGUGCGUGCAUACGUGCGCCCAAGUGGAGACUUUUGAGUCAGCUUGGGAGAAAGCGUAAGUUUGCUGUAUUCGGGACUACAAUUUUUUCCUGGUUUCCAAAUUUUAAUUUAUUUGCUGUUUCAUAGCUAAA